AUGUCGAUCCGAGAGGUCCAGGAGGAUAAUGAGCGAAUAGCUCGCGAGAUGAGGCUUCUAUGGCUUCAGCGUCAACAGGAGGCACGGCGUACUGUUAAUCCACGCUUCGGCCCUGCUGUUGACGGCGUGCUUUGGAGCCGAAUCCACCCAGACGAAAGCCCAGCAGUACCGAUCCUCAGUAUCCUCGAGUUCCAUUUAAAGUCUGGGAUCGACAUCUUGGAUAACUCCAAGCCACCUCGUAAGCUAUGGGACUCGGUACUGCAAUACAUCAGCUCCAUCUCUGGUUGCUGUGCUGUCAAAUGGGGAUCAAUACUGGAUGAGCCUCCGGCCACAUUGCUAUGCAUGAUUCACUGGGAUAGUGCCGUCGCCUGGCGAAAGUUCCAGUAUUCUCUAGGCUUCAGCCCUCUUAUUGGGUUGCUUAAAUCCGAGGUUUCAAAUCGUUGCGCUAAACUAAACUUAUCGGGCGUAUUAUGGCUUGACGGAGCUACCAUUGUUGAUGUUGUGUCAGUCACUUUUGAUGCUCGAGCUACGUCAUCGCUGAACCUUCGUGCAGCGUUUGAAGAGAGUUGGAAUACACAUGCUGCUUCAAUGACCAGGGAGUUCAAAGGCCUUCAACAUUCUCAUACUGCAUGGCUCGAGAACAAUGCGUCGACGUUCUUCGAUCCAACGCCAGCUGAAGCUGCCGCCGCGAUCACUCUGACCACUUUCAUCGCGUUUCUUGCCUGGGAUGGAGAACAAUACGAUAGUAACUGCACUGAGCGUCUAUGCGAUGGCUUUCAAUCUUCACUCUCAUAUUCUAGUGGCAAUGAGCCAACGAUCUCGAUAAAAACGGUCCAACUCAUCAACCAAUUUCAAGAUAAAGACCAUGAUCCGCCGCGACAGCCAGCUAUACAGUCCCCCAGCUUAGCUUAUAUUCUCCAAGCGAACAGCCCGCAUCGUUGUAGUGCUGAUCUUGUCAAUAUCAGAAAGCAAGCACAUAUGGCCCUUACCCGCAGUAUAAGCGAUGCAAGAGCGAGGACACGGCUCUUCCCAGCUCCCCAGGGUUCAUUCAUACCCCAAGGUGAAGUAUACGAGGGAAACAUGCCAAUGACCUGGAGAUGGCAGCCAAGAUGGGAGCCCAUUCAUGGCUAUCACUUUGUGGAUGUCGCUUGGAUGUACUUGAAACCCAAUGCCUUGCGAACUCGGGGUCCUCAAAUAUAUAACCAGCUCAAUAACGAGAUUGGAGCAUUGGCGGGUUUUGUUAAAGCCUUUUGGGCUCGUGAUGUAGAAAAUAAAAGGAAAAUUGCCGUGCUCACAGCAGCGUUAAUAACACACAAGGCUUUCCCCAUGGCUCGCAGUCCCGUUGGUGUGUGGCUCGAUCCAAGACGUUAUAUCGAAUUGACCACCUUCUACAUCCCACAAGGCGCGUAUGAACGCGAGCUCUUCGAACAAGCGUAUGCCGCUUUUGACCGUAUGACUGUACCUUCUCAAGUAGGAGGAGUCCCCAGAGCGUGCUCUGUUAGCGAUGCAGGGGGCUGGCAGCCUGCCGAAACCACUGAGAAUCUGGACUACCAGCUUUUCAUGGGAGUAAUGAUUUGGGAGAGCCCGGCCGCAAGAAUAGAGUGGUAUGAGGAGCUAUUUAGGCUCUCCUGUGAGUCAUAUGAAUUGUUCGGCCAUAAGCUCGAUGCUCUGAAACUUUUGGCUUCGGGAGGAGCUAAGUCGCGAUUCCUAGCGCUACAAAGUCAGUAA